UAUUUGAAAAAGAAAUUGAAUGUUUAAUUGAGAAGAAAAUGGCGACCAAUUCUAUUUCUUUAUCUUCUUCAUCUUCACUCUUUCUCUCUCCUCUAAUUCAUCCCGCCGGCGGUAACAUUCGUCGUCUUUUCGACUUCCGGCGGCCACUCAUCGCCGUAAUAUGUUGCCGUGCUUCUUCUUCAGUUGCAUUUCCGAAGAAAAAGCACUGGAAACAAGGGGAAUACCCAGGAUUCACUGAACAAUCUGGUUUUAAAAACAAUAAGAGAACGCCCAUUAAGAAUAUUAAGAAAAAAUUGGAUAGAAAGAGUAAUGCUAAAGCUUGGGUUAAUACUAUUACUGAAGCUCUUUCUGAGUAUAUUGAGAAAAAACAAUGGGUUCAAGCUCUUGAGGUAUUUGAAAUGCUAAAGGAACAACCCUUUUAUCAAUCGAAAGAGAGUACAUAUAUGAAGCUUCUUGUACUUCUUGGGAGAUGCGGGCAACCAGGGAAAGCACAACAACUUUUUGAUACAAUGAUUGAAGAGGGAUUGGAUCCCACACCAGAAUUCUAUACAGCCUUGGUUGGUGCUUACUGUAGAAGCAACAUAAUUGACAAGGCAUUUACGAUUCUACAACGGAUGAUUGAGCUCCCUUAUUGUCAGCCAAAUGUUUAUACAUACAGUAUAUUAAUUAAGGCAUGUGUGGAUGCAUCCCGGUUUGAUCUGGUUGACUCUCUUUAUGAACAAAUGGCUGAACGUUCCAUAGUUCCUAACACUGUCACCCAAAAUAUAGUCUUGAGUGGUUACGGGAGAGCAGGGAAAUAUGAAGAGAUGGAGAAAGUGCUUUCGGGUAUGCUUGAGAGCACAGACAGCAGACCUGAUAUAUGGACAAUGAACACAAUCCUGAGCUUAUUUGGCAACAAGGGGCAAGUUGAAAUGAUGGAGAGAUGGUAUGAGAAGUUUUGUAGUUUCGGUAUUGAGCCAGAGACACGAACAUUUAAUAUCCUUAUUAGUGCUUAUGGGAAGAAAAGAAUGUACGAUAAGAUGUCAUCGGUGAUGGAGUACAUGCGUAAACUUUCAUUUCCUUGGACAACAUCGACUUACAACAACGUCAUCGAAGCGUUUUCAGAUAUAGGGGAUGCUAAGCAUAUGGAGUACACAUUUGAUCAAAUGCGUGCUGAAGGCGUUAAAGGUGACACCAAGACUUUUUGCUGUCUCAUUAGAGGAUAUGCAAAUGCAGGCCUUUUUCCUAAGGUGAUCAACGCUGUCCAAUUAGCUGGGAAGUUGGAGAUCCCUGAAAACAAUUCCUUUUUCAGUUCUGUUAUUUAUGCUUGUGCAAAGGCAGAGGACUUAUUGGAGAUGGAGAGAGUUUUCAAGCGAAUGAAAGAUAAGGGAUUCCGACCAGAUGACACAACUUACACUGUUAUGGCUGAGGCAUAUAGAAAGGAAGGAAUGACAGACAAAGUCUAUGAUUUAGAGCAAGAAAAGCGGAUGAUGUCUGCCUCAGAUUCCUGCGACAGCCAAGAUAAGCUAGAGCUAAUGCCUACUUGAGAACUAAAUAUGAAAUUUAAUUUAACAAUGCAUUGGAGCACCAAAGCUACAUCUUCAGUGUUUUCAGCAGAGCUGUAGAUUGAUAAGAUCACUCAGUUGUCUGCUUGGAGCGGGUAACUAUCCUUGUCACCAAGUUUACGAGAAGGUGAAUCUAAGCCUUGCACGAAUGGAUCACUUUUACUGUAUCAUUGUAAAGCUCAAUCUUUUAUCGUGUGGUAUUGCCAUGUUUGUUCUCUAACUCUGUAUCAGGUGUGACUUCUUUUCCUAAAUAGAGAGAGCUAUUAUGGCAAGAAUGCUACAUUCGAUGUUCCAAGCAGGUUCUGCUGCCCUUUUACUUUUUGGUUUUUGCCUUUUACUGUUAAAAUACCAAUUCAGCUUUGACUAUUGUUUAUUAUAUGAUGGAUUCCUAGACUA